AUGCAAUUCCUUCUUUUCGCUGAGGCUGACUCUUAUGGCAACGGCAGGAUUUUGAGAAGUUCGCCUGAUUCCUCUGGGUCUCUCACUUCUCUGCCCUUAUCAAAUAUUGUCAGACCUGUUGCACUUGAUUACGAUGCUGUAGAGGACAGAGUGUAUUGGACAGAUGUAUUAAGACGAACCAUUUCUCGCUCAUUCCUGAAUGGCUCUAUGCAGGAAGUCAUUAUUUACGUAAAGGUACGCACACCAGAUGGAUUAGCCGUAGACAGAGUCGGAAGGAAUCUCUACUGGACUGAUACGGGAACCGACAAGCUGGAAGUCUCCAAACUGGACGGCUCCUAUCGGAAAGCUCUCAUAACAAGUGGCCUAGACGAACCGAGAGAUAUUAUACUGGAUGUUAGCAGCGGGUAAGCAGUUACUGGUUACUCAUAACUCAACCAGAAGCAAUAUAAUAUAUAGAUUUAACCAGGGCUAAAAGCGAGGCUCCCAUUACUAUAUUUAUAAUUUAAAUCAAACAAUAAACUUGUAUUCCACAAUUCAGUUAACUUUAGAGCACACAGCACAUUCAUGUGACUUUUGAGGGAAAGGCUAAGUGAUUCUAGAGAAAAAAAAUUUGCAAACAGCCCAAGAGUGAACAAAAUCUUACAUUGAGUUGAUAAACUCAUAUGUACACCCAAAAAAUAGCAAUCAUCUUCGAUCACAUUUAAGAGCCAUAAUGGCUCUUGAUCACCGUAAGAUUAAUUAGGCCUGGAAAAGAAAAUCAGGUUGAAUUUUUUUGCGUUCGAGAAGUUUACUUUACAAAAUCUUGCCAACAGAUCUGGUUGGUUGCGUUUAAACAGAAACUCAUAAGGGGUUGAACAACCCCUUAUGAGUUUCUGGUGUAAACCAACCUUUUAUACCAUUUAUACAUCACAUCUGAGGUGAAACAGUACUAUGAGGUACUGUUUUUAUCAUACAGACCUCGGACAGAAUGCAGUAUUUCACAAUUUUGCAACAGAAAUUGCACUCAUUCAAUAUUCAGGACAAUCGAAGCACGCGUGGGCUUUUAGCUAAACCAUUAAAAAAAUGUCCUAAAUCACAUAUACAGCCAGCCGGUUCUCACUUUUGCAGUGCGAGCUGUAGCGAAUGUUUGAACGAACAUACUAGAGUUAAGCUCCAACAUAAUAAAGGAAUUAUUAUGUUUAUUUUUUAUUUAAUGGUUUUAUCGAUCUGUAAUCUUUAAAAGCGUUUGAUACGAGCGGCAUUUUGAGUACUCCUGCAAGUGAUGUUCACUGAACGACUGAAAACAAACGCCACAGCGAUUAAAAUUACAAGAGAGACUACCAACAAUCAAUAAAGGAAAUAUAAUUCGGCGAAACAUAUACAGAGACAACAUUUUUCAUUCACGAAGACAAAUAUUUAAGUGUCUCUAAAAAUCUUGAGUCUUCAAGCUUAAAGUUUAAGUUUAUGUUUUAAGCCGGCUUUCCGGUAUUUACUUUUUUCACAGAUGAACUCGAGGCAAGAAAAUCGCUCAAAGCUUUCUUUUACCGCCAGAAUUAUAACUAAAUGUUCUUUGGAACGUUUUCUUUCUAUCUGCGGUGAGAAAAUGUCUAAAGACUUUUUAAAGUUGUGUAAGCUUAUAUCAAGUUUACCUGAUUCUUGGUCAGAUCAAAUUGUCUCAAAUCUUACAAACGUGCAUAAACUACAUAGCCGCAUAAACUACGCUCGACUUCUUUAAAUUAGAUAUAAAAAACAAACAUCAAACACAAUAAUUACUGAGGCUUACCAUUCGAGAUGCAGCUCCUGAAAGGUAUCAAGUAAGGCCAGUAUCGCUUCAGACUUUUCAACCUUUACGCAUCAAGCAAGGUGAAAAACAAAAACGUUGCCAUCCGAAAUCGGAUUCCCGACUUUGACAAGUGAUGUAUUAAUUUCUUAACCAAAAACCAACUAGCCAUGAAUAACAGAAGGCUCCUGAUAGCAGCUGAAUUUCAUUUUGUGCAUCCAGUGGAAAAAGACAGUUAAAAACAUCACAAGUUGACACAAAACUCUCUCAGCUUCAGCUGUCAAAGUAAACAAGAUUCAAGAUGCUGCAUAAAUUUUCCGCAUGAGCUCACCUGUCAAAUUUUGACCAAUCAGAGCAUAAAAAAUGGACGUAGAUCGUAACCAACGCGUGACCAUGGUGAGCAAAGUCAAAAGCAACUGUCUUGCCUGUAAUAGCUGGCUGAAUUUUCGGGUCCGAGGUCAGUUUUAAAUCAAAAUUUUAAUUGUGCGGCCCAAAAACAAAACAUAUUUCAUAUGAAUGAAAAAAAUAUACGGUCAAGUGAUACUGGUCAGCGGAUACCCUGUUUUGACAGCUGUCAAUUGAUGAAAACAUUGAUGUCCAAUGGAUGUGUGCAUUAUCAGUUUUCCUGUGCUUUUAAACUAGCUAGAAAGUAUGAGAUUGAACAUUGAUCGCGAUCUAGUAAAACAACUGGUCAGCGGACAGCUUCCAAAUAAAUCACGUCACCUUGAUGAGUUGACACAUGAGCCCUCGAUAUGGCAAUGUGAUACUGGUCAGUGGCUAUCCUGUUUUGACAGCUGUCAAUUGACCAUAUCGUGAAUGGCCAAUGUAAACGAUGUGGAUUUGCCAAGACAAGCCUAAGACACCCCUCCCUUCCUUUUGAUAGUCUCCCCUACCCUACCCGUAGACGCGUACGUACGUACGCUCGGUCAGUCACGUGACAACCAAAAGAAAAGAGGUUGACCAUAUUUUAUGAGUAUUAGGCUCUGUCCCACGCGCGCUUCGCGCGCGAGGGAGCCCCGCUAUAAUAAUUAUUCACCAAAGUGGAGGUGGCUAGUGGUGGGUAUGUUUAACAAGGCCGCGAAGCGGCGAGGUAAAUACCCAUCACUAGCCACCGACACGUGUAACGUCAAUGGAUUGUUAUUACCUGGAGUAAAACAAUGUAAUAGAUUUAUAAGAUUUUAUUACAUAUUAAACAUAAUUGCUGCGAUUAAGCGAAAUGUUGUUGCUGUAGUUGUUGUAAAGUUUUUGUUGUUUUAUAGAAUCAUGUAUUGGACAGACUGGGGCUUGAAUCCAAAAAUCGAGAAAGCUGAUAUGACAGGCAAACAGCGCUUGGUUUUAGUGAGCUCCUCGCUACAUUGGCCGAACGGUCUGACGCUUGACAAAGCAAAUAACCGUCUGUAUUGGGUGGAUGGCUACCUCAAUAAGCUUGAAUAUUUGAACCUUAUUACACAUGUGAGAGUGACUCUAAUUAGCUCUUCAGCCACACUGCCUCAUCCUUUUGGGUUAACACUUCUUGGAGACUACUUGUUCUGGACUGACUGGGGUAACAACAUUGUUUAUCGAGCCAAUAAAGAAAGUGGUGGUGAAGUCACGGCUUUUAUAACCGGCAUAAAUCGACCGAUGGAUAUACAUGCAUACAACCUUGAUCAUGCUGCACAAGGUGAGACGACCUUAAGUACUUCAGAAAGUUAACGAGAAAUUUUUAGUUGAUUUGUUUUUAGUAAAGCGGGUUUAUAAUUUUGUCGCGCGAGGACUCUCAAGCGGAUUGCGAUUUCGCUUUGGACAUAAAUCUUUCUUUCUAUCGGUUUGUUAUCCGUAGUUGCCCACCAAUAAGUGCAUAGACAAACUCUAAAAGACGCCAUUCAGCAUGACGUCAUCGUGCAUAUUGGGUUUCCAGGAAACAACUGGUUAGCCACCAACUAGGGCUAAUUUUAUUCAUCCUCUGUUUACUGUACGUUGGAGAAUCGCCUCGCGAAUCACAAAAGUAUCUCUGACGCAAAUAACAGCAGGCUGCAAACACAACAGUGCCCGAUAAGACAAGUGGCUGGAAAUCCUUGCCGUUGAAGAUUUAACACCGAAAGAACGGUGACCUGAACGUCAGCGAGAGCAGCCAAGAAGACCAUUGCGUUCAUCGAGCGGCCUUUAUAAAGCCCGAGAGUGACUAAAAACACGGACAUAAUGCGAAAUGGUUUUGAAAUACUCGUUUAAGCUAUUUUUCCUCAAAUGUAUCUUUGAAUUGAACAUAAAUAAAGCUCCACAAGGUUCAAACAGUGUGGAUGACAGAGAAAAAUAUACUUUAAUGCUAUUAGUUUGAAAUUGUGCAGUGGUCGCAUGGCCCAGUGGUAUAUGGCUUCUUUUUUUGCGCUGAAGGAAGUAGGAGUGCAGGUUCAAAUCCCCGCGGGGCUACUUCCAGUUUUUUCCUUUCAUCGUAUUUUUACCCUUUGGCUUGUUUCUGUUUACUCUCACUGCUGACCCUUUUUAGCUUCGAGAGAUUUUUUCGUUAAGUAUUUCUAGUACGAUUUUGUAUUUGACCGAUUUUAGCAGAAAGUGUCUCUUAAAAAUUGCACAUAUGACUAAAUAGAGAGGCAAGGAGAACUGAAGGGUAAGAAGUGAUUUAAAAGAAAUCUCGUAGUCUUUUGUGACAGCUACUAUGGGGGUAAAAGAUAACUAAUGAAAGAGAAUUAAACAUUUCAGCAAAAAAGACACUACGUUUUGCAAAUCUACUCGCAUAUAUCGAGAUAUAACAGCAAUCUCUCAAACACUUUGCUUUUUUCACUUACCAGGUAAUUCCUCUUGCCAAAUAAAUAAUGAUGGAUGUAGCCACCUCUGUUUGCUAUCAUCUUCUGGAAGUGUUUGUGAAUGCCCGGGUUACCUCACCCUAAAGGAAGAUGGAAAGACUUGCAAAUUUGGUAAGAAAGACUUGUCAUUCCUACAAAGGAUCGUCGGUUCUCUUGAACGCGCGCAUGUCCAGAUAAGGAAUGGUAUAGCGGUGUACUGUUUUAGUACACACUAAAACAGAAUAAUUUGCCUAGGCAACUUGAAAAACAGAUGCCACUAUAAUUUGACGGUUCCUGCUUCUUUCCUGAUUUGUAGAUAAAAGUACUAGGGACAUCACACCAAGUAGAGGGCAUUGUACCUAAAUGAACAAUUGAAUUAAAAAGUUUGUAAUAUACAGGUAUUAUGUCAUUAAUACUAGCUUUAAUCAUUUCAUUUUUGAUUUUGUCCGAAAAAGGAGAUUUUUUGUUCUUUAAUUUGUUCACGGCUGCACGUAUUUCGUUUUCGGUAAUCGUAUAAUCUAAGGGGCAUGGUUGAUAUUUCCUAAUCUCAAGAUGCUUUAGCUCAUUAGUAAUCAUCUCUUGUGUAGCAUUGUGAGGUUUAUUGGAAUGUAGUGAUUGGAAAUAAUUGAGCCAAUUUCCUUCAGAUAUUAAUGGGGCACCUUUUUGUUUAACGGUGUCAUCCCUCGACUUUAAACCUUUCCAAAACCUUGUCUGAUCUGAAUUGUUUGUAGAGUUUUCCGACUCAGUGACCUUUGUAUCAUGAUAUUCACUCUUUUUUGAGGUUAACAAAUCUUUGUACUGUGUCAAUACCAUGUGGUAUUCUUGGCGUAAAUUUAUCGAAGCUCAUGUCAAACCAUUUUUUUGUUUGGAAAAGACCUAGUGCGGCCACGUUUCUCGGUGAUUUUAAUUUUAAGAGAACGUUUUGCGGCAGUCAAAAUGAUGUUCUCUACAUUUGUUAAAGAGCUGUUUUCAUCAUUAGUUGGAGUACUGUCAUCUAAGUAAUCUCGUAUUAAUAGUUGAAGAUUUGGAGCACGUAAAGUAUCUCUGAAUUCAUACUUGGACUCAUUCUCCCAGAUAAAUUGUUUGGGUAAAUGUGUUAAAGAGUCAUUUACACGUGGUGAUUUAAUAUGAGAAAAGCUCAUUCGGUGUUUACAUGUAACCAGGUUAAGAUUGGACUGUGAUCCGACAGAGGAGAAGGCUUUUCCACUAUGAAGUUUGUAAUAGUUGAAAGUAAAUCUUCGUCACAUAUAGCGUCGUCGAUAACACUUGUACCAUUUGUCCGGAAAGGUGGCUCUCGCUAGAGAGUCGCCCCUAACUCUACCAUUUAGAAUUUUGAGGUCUGCGCUUUUGCAUAUUUCAAGAAGUCUUUUGCCAUGCUUAUUGAUCGCAUUGUCGAAGCUAUUUCGCUGGGCAGGUCGUAAUGGAAAUUCAGAGCGGUUAUUGGUAAUCAAGUUAUUUCCGUCGUGACAAACGCUGUCUGGAUAUUUUCUCGUUCUUACAUUGAAGUCCUCCAAGAGGAGUAUAGAUCCUCUAGAGGCAAAAUUUUCUAUGUCUUUUUCAAGUUCUUCAAAUAAUUCCGGUUUAAAAUAUUUUGAAUUAUGCGGAGGUAUAUAAAGUCCACAGAUGUAUAUAUCUUUCGCAGUUUUGAUGUAUGACCUGUCAAUUCUAAAUGAUAAGAAAUUUGGGUUGUUUUAAUCACUGAAAUCAAAUCAUAAAGUGCAUUUUUGUAGAAGAGAAUUACUCCACCGGAAUUACGGCCACUACUAUUUGACUGAGUGGAAUGCUGAACUAUAAAUCUAAAUCCUUCUACAUCUAUAUCUGGAGAAUUGCUCCAAGUUUCAUUAAGAAUCACAAAAUCAAAGCCAUUUAUCAUGCUCAAAAAUUCAUUAUUCUGGAGUUUAUUUCCGAGAGUUCUCCAUUGUCAGUAGCCCAUUUCCAUUCUACGUGAGGAAAGAAAGACGAUUUGAGUAAGUCAAGCAACUUUUUUAGCCUCAUAGUGGCAGCUAAUUACCUAGUGCUUAAUCGGUAAAAACGCUGAAAACUACCAGUGGUCAACACGAUUUGAUUUUAAUUGGUGCAACGAACAGAUCACGUUUUAUCAUAAAAAAAAAUGCCCAAAAUGCCAAAUAAUGAAAUAAUUUAAAUUUGCACUACACUACACAAUGGAGUACUGAGAAAUCAGUAGCCAUCAAAUUUUACUAUGGCUAAUUGAAUUUUGUAACUGACCCCGUUAACUCGAACCACUGCUAACUCGAACUGUUUUUCGUCUCCUUUCAGAGUUCGAGUCAUUUAUGUUAUCGGGGUUCUAUUGUACUACUAUCGACUGUGUGGGGACUGGGGAGAGACGGGAAAGCUCGUUUCUUUCGCUUGUCUGUACUGACCGAGAGCCCGGCACAGGAUAACGUUGUUUAUAUUAUAAGCUUUAACUUAAACUCAACUUUAACUUUAUUAUUCCAUCGCUCAUACAGUACAAACUCAGUAAGGCCAAAGCCGGGGGCUUAUACGGCCUGUGGUAAGAAUGACAGAAGUUAUGUUAUAUAGAAAUGAAGACUGUAGGCUAAAUUACAAAACUAAAACAAGAUACAAAACUGAAAUUAAGUAAGUUUAUAUGCAUGUAGUCUUAUAACAGAGACAAAACUAGUGACAAAUAAAGUAACAACAAACUAUGAGAAUCCUGCGCUAAUUGAAUUCAGGCUUUAAAAGUAAAGUUUUAGUUUCUUUUUAAAGUUAAUACUGUAGUACAUGUAAGGCUGUUACGGACAGUCAAGGGGAUAUCAUUCUAAAUAAUCGGGGCUUGAGAACUAAUAACAGAUUGAUACUUGAGGGACAUUUUAUGCAAGUUGAAACGAGAACGAGUUAGAUAAUCAUGAAAAUCACGAUUAAAGUGGAGGAGCGAGGAAAGAGAGGCAGGUAGAUUUAAGUGUGAGAAUACAAAACAAGAAACAUCGAAUUUUUAGAGUGAAUGGAGAGAAAGAAUAUUAAGCGUAGAGAAAAGAGGCUUAGAACGUGUUCGUGGAAAAGAAAAGUUGAUAAUUCAAUGCUUUCUUUUGGAGUAGAUAGACGGGUUCAAGGUAGGAGGUAUAUGUAGAUGCCCAGAUGAGAUUACAAUAGUUGAUAUAAGGUAGAAAUAGGGAAUUAUAUAAGGUUUUCAGGAUGACCAAGGGUAAGCAUCGUCUCGAUUUAGAGAAAAUUCCUAUAACCUUAGCAACUUUGUCACAGAUAGAAGUGAUGUGCGGUUUCCAUGAAAGGUUUUCGUCAAUAACAAUUCCAAGAAAUUUAUGUUCCUGUACCCGUGCAAUAGGGGUGUUAUUUAUUAAGAUGUUUAGUAUUAAAGGAUUGAUCUGGGCAUGUUUACGUCGUGGAUGGAAGAUGAUGAAUUUGGAGUUAUCAGGAUGAACAGUAAGCUCCCUGUUAGCGUUAAACCAGGAGGAGACAUGAGAAAGCUCUUGAUUAACCAUUCUUGCUAAAGUAGCCUAGUCUUUAUGACGAAGAAAAAUGUUCGUGUCAUCAGCUAAGAGCUCGAGAAUAAAUGAAAGAUAAUUUGAAGAAAGAAAAAGAUCAUUAAUGUAUAAGAGGAAUAGUAAAGGGCCAAGAACAGAAACAUGACCAUUUACAAUAACAUACUGUUAUCUACAUAGCUGGUAAGCCAAGCUAGAGGAAUAGGUCCCACGAAUAGCUAUAGUUGUAGAAUGAUGUGGUCUGAAGCCAUAUUGAUGAUGACUAAGAAUGUCAAAUUUUGCAAGAAAACCAGACAAUCUGAUAAGUAAAAGAGUUUUUCGAAGACCUUGGAAAGACAGGGGAGAAUAGAAAUAGGCUUGUAGUUAGAGAACAAGGAAGAGUCAGCACAGUUGAAGAUGGGGAGGAUCUCGGCUGUUUUGAGCUUAUCAGGAAAAACACCUUGAGAAAAUGACAGAUUACAGAUAAGAGACAAAGGGGCAGCUAUUAAAUCAAUAUUUUCUUUUAUAGGGGAAAUACAGAGGCCAUCAAAACCCUCACAUUUACUAUUUUUUAGAGAAUGGACUAUAUUAGCAACCUCAGAGGGAGAAGUUGGGUUAAGAUAGAAACGCUUUGCAUAAUGACCAGUCAGAAACUUCCUAUGAGUAAUUUGAGUGGGAGAGAUUAUAUUUGCUAAAGAAGGACCAACAUUAGCAAAGAAAUUAUUAAACUUUGUAGCUGUCUGAGUAGGAUUUGAGUAUGAACCAGAACUAUCUUUCAUGUUAUUGAAACGUUGCUCAGGUUCCCUUUUGGAGAUAAUCUGUUUUAUAACUGACCAUGUCUUUCUCAAAUCUGAACUGACAGAAAGCAGUUUGUCAUGGAAGUAUUUUUUCCUGACAAGUUUGAUGAGAAAAUUGUAUUUUUUAUUUUAUUACGGUACUUGUUGUAUCUCAACAAACUCCAGAAUAUUUGUGACUGUCUCAGUAAAGUUAACUUUACUGGGUUCUGGUGAAGACAACCCUUAUUAGGUCGUAAAUAAUUGGCCACUUAUUAACCGAGAGUGGCAGACGGACCAGCGGAUACCCUUUUGACACCUGUCAAUUGACCAUAACAUGCAUGAAUGUCCAUAAGGAUGUUCACUAUGAAGUUAAACACAGAUUGUAUAUGCCUGGGACAGCUGCCCGCUUAGACGCCAAUUAGAGCGCGUGUACUAUUAUAGCUAUAUAAUAAGACAGUAUAUACUGCAUCAGCUAUUAGUAAAAUCCAACUAGUGGUCUAUUAUCAAUGCUGCGUUCUGAUUGGUUGAGCUAUUACUAGGCUAUAUGUUAUAGCCCACUGGUAGCGAAACAGCCGGCUUUAAAAACCAACCACAGGCGGCUGAUUCGCGUUUCGCUAGCUAAAGUUGUUCUGUCUCGAUAUUUUUGACCAACUAGUUGGAUUUUACCAAAACAAUUAUUCCUCUCGCCCUCAUAGCCUCUGAGCCCAUUCGGCCUUCUGCCUCAAAGGCUAUUGACUCAGAGCCCAUUCGGGCUCGACGAAUAAUUGUUAAAUAUCACGUUUGCAUAAUAUCAAAUUUCCGAGUACUCUUUCUUCACAGAUGCCAAGAAAUAUUUGCUAUUUGCUGACGCUGGGAAUGCAUACGUAUUUAUCAAGUCCUUGGAUGUGACAGAUUCGGAAGCAUUUCCUGUUUCAAUACCACCGCAUUUUAAAGUGAUGCAUCCUGUUGCUCUUGAUAUGGACAUAACGGACAACAUGAUUUACUGGACUGACGUGGGCCUUAAGACAAUAUCUAGAGUAUCUGUGACUGGUUUCACACCGGAAGUCAUUCUAUCAGUGAAUGUUUCUUCUCCGGAGGGACUAGCUGUUGAUUCCUUAGGUAGAAAUAUUUACUGGACAGACAGCGAUUUAAAUACCAUCGAAGUUAGCAAAUUAGAUGGAUCAAUGAGGAAAAUACUGAUAAAACAAGAUCUUGAUAAGCCAAGAGAUAUAAUUCUUGAUGUCUACAAAGGGUAAGAGACUGAUGUUUACCUUGUAUAGGAAAGCUAGGGACAUCAACGCUUAUCAUUCCAGAAUAUCUCUAGCUGUUUGAUAGACACGAAAGAGGGUUUGGCUGUGGAGACUCUUGAAUACAGCAAAAUAUUUAUCAAACUGUGGUCAUGACUGAGUUUAAACUGAAAUUCAAAUAGCGUUAACUAUUAAUACAAUUCAACAUAUAUUAUCUUAAUUUGAGUGACGAUAGAGCUUUGAUACAAUAGCACGAUAUCCUCAGGAAUGUCAAGUGUCAUGGCUCUAUACCUAAACUGCAUUUUGAGAUUCUCAUUGAUUCUCACAGAUUGAUGUACUGGUGCGACUGGGGCGUCGUGCAAAAAAUCGAAUUUGCCAACAUGGAUGGGUCUAACAGAGGUCUCCUCGCUAGCAAUAACCUUCUUUGGCCGAAUGGUCUCACAUUAGAUUACACAAAUAGCUGGCUGUACUGGGUGGACGCAGGGUACCAAGCCUUGGAAUAUUAUGACUUAGUACGUCACACGCGAGCAAGAUUGCCAAUACUUUCACUCUUUUUACCACAUCCUUUUGGUCUGACUCUGCUGGAAGAUUACGUGUAUUGGACGGAUUGGACAAAGAAGGGCGUUUUAAGAACAGAAAAGGCAUCUCCUCAAUACCCUACAGUAGUUGUUAGUGGCCUGAACCAGCCUAUGGAUAUACAUGCGUUUGACAAAAAUCAAUCCCUUCCAGGUAACGACAUAUUUAUUGACCUUGAAAUGAAUUGUUUUAACUAAUAUUAUGUUGAUGUCUGGAGAAAAGUGAAAAUAAAGAUAACGAUAAAUUUAUGACGCCCUUCUCCACAGUUUCUGUUAGCCGUACAUUCUAGACAUUAGAUACUUCCUAAGGCUUUUGGCGAUAAGUUUAUGUCCAAAUAACUGUUGUGGGAGGUAAGGUUUAGAAGAGAGGACUAACCUUUCUCUUCUUUGUCUUAAAAACAGAUCAUCCUUGUUCGUUUUCAUUCGGUGGUUGUUCCCAUCUGUGUCUUCUUAGACCAGAUGGGUAUGGUUGCUCCUGCCCUGAUCAUUUGGCACAUGAUGAAGUUUGUUUCAGUUUUCGUAAGUAUAGACUUCUACAAAGAAUUUCUUAGUUGGUUUGCUAUUUCAUUUCGUUAUUAUUGCUAACCCAAGCUGAUGACAUAUCUCGCCGCUGUAACUAAUUCAGUCGACUAUCGCUUUACACAGCGAUAUGACUUACGAGCGAUCGCUAAAGACUGUAUAUCCCUCUCUUCAGCUUAAGAUAAAGUCUGCCACUUAAUUAAAUUACGUAACACCACGAUUGCCAAAUUUUACAGGAUUCCGUUUUUGGCAUUCACUAAAAUAAACGCAGCGUAAAGUGCCUUAUGGCAGACCCUAAAAACCCCUGUAGCUUUCAAAUUUCAGUGAUUGUGGUCCUCAUCUUUCUUCUUUCUAGCUAUAACAUCAACGUCAACACCAGUUUCACUGUCAGUUUCAACAUCAGCGUCACUAUCAGUGUCAGCUUCAGGGUCACAAUCAGUCUCCUUAUCGAAGUCUUCAUCAGUGUCACCAUCAGCGUCACCAUCGAUCUCAUUAUCAGUAUCGCAAUCAGUUUCACCAUACGACUCCUUAUCAGUGUCACGAUCAUUGUCACCUUCGAUCUCACCAUCUCUUUCGCCGUCAGUCUCCUUACCAGUGUCACAAUCUGUGUCACCAUCAAUCUCACCAUUAUUGUCGCCAUCCGCCUCAUUAUCAUUGUCAUCAUCAAUCUCAUUAUCAGUGUCUUCAUCAGUAUCGUCAUCGGUGUCACUAUCAGUUUCACCAUCCGACUUGUUAUCAGUGUCACCAUCAGUUUCGUCAUCCGCCUCCUUAUCAAUGUCAUCAUCAGUGUCACCAUCAUUGUCACCAUCAAUGUCACUAUCAGUGUCGCCAUUAUUGUCCCCGUCCGUGUCAUUAUCAGUGUCACCCUCAAAGUCAUUAUCAGUAUCGCCAUCAGUAUCACCGUCAUUGUCAUCAUCAAUCUCACUACCAGUGUCAUCAUCAGUAUCGCCAUCAGCUUCAUCAUCAGUUUCAUCGUCCGAGUCUUUAUCAGUGUCACCAUCAUUGUCACAAUCAAUCUCACUAUCAGUGUCGCCAUCACUGUCCCCGUCCGUGUCGUUAUCAGUGUCACCCUCAAAGUCAUUAUCAGUAUCGCCAUCAGUAUCACCGUCAUUGUCAUCAUCAAUCUCACUAUCAGUGUCAUCACCAGUAUCGCCAUCAGCUUCAUCGUCAGUUUCAUCGUCCGACUCCUUAUCACUGUCAUCACCGUCAGUGCUACCAUUAGAAUCGCCAUCCGUCGCAUUAUCAGCGUUGCUAUCUCUUUCAUCAUCAGUAUCACCAUCAGUGUCAUCAUCAGUGUUGCCAUCAGUGUCACCAUUUGUUUCAAUGUCACCAUUAGUGUUACCAUCUAUAUCAUCAGUGUCAUCAUCCGUCUUAAUAUCGGUGUCACUAUCAGUAUCACCAUCUGUCUCAAUGACAGCGUCACAAUCAGGAUCACCAUCCGACUCACCAUCCAACUCAUUAUCGGCUUCACCAUCUGACUCAUCAUCAGUGUCAGUAUCAGCUUCGCCCUCUGUUUUACCAUCAGUCUUGCCAUCACUAUCACCAUUAGUGCCACCAAUUACACCAUUGCCUCAACCUUCAUGUCAAUUUACUACGUGCAAGAAUGGAGGAACCUGUAUAGUUCCAGGGUAUUUUUGCAAUUGUGAGAGGUUCUUUGCAUGGCACGACUGUUCUGUUAACGUCGGUAAGUCAUGGUUAAUUUCUUAAUUAAUAAGAGUUCAAAAGGUGUUUUAACAUCGAGAUAAGCCAUUAGAAGAGGUGUACCUACCGUUCGAUCGCACAAGGAGGAUAUUUCUCCGAUGCCACCCUCGCUUAUUGACAGUGGUUUUCGUUGGUUUAUAUGUUUCCAGGUAAGAAUCUAUGCAUUGGUAGAAAAUAUUCGUAUUAUUGUCUUAUAAAUCAAUUUUGAACGGUUUAUCAGAUACUGCUAUGAACUAUGCAAUGUGAUGUGAACUGCAUACUAAUUUAUAGUCAAGGCAGGUCAAGCGUAUCCCCUAAAAUUUUAUUAAUGAAUUGAUUAUUUGAAAAAUGAAUCCGUUAGUUGUUCCCGCAGCUCGCGUUAAAUUCAAAUCGGCAUUCCUGCUUGCAUAAUGAGCAGAGAAUAUUUACGAGAACUUCUCUGUAUUUGGUCAGAUUGAAAAUCUUUGAAUGGAUAAAAUUGCUUCGAAGACAUUUAAGUCAAAUUCAGGGAAACUGACGUGGUAGAAAUUUUAUAACUGCCUCGCUUGUGAAUUCACGGCUCAUUACGCAUGCAAGAAUGCAGAGAUGAAUCUGAAAUUUGCAUCUUCCAACGGAUUCAACUUUUUUAAUAAUAAAUUCAUUAACGGAAUAUAGGGUGGUACGCUUGACCUUGCUUGACUGUAAAUGAAAAUAUAAUCGUCGCAAUGUAACAGCAGUGUUAAAAGGAGUUGCAAAAAUAUAUUUCGAAGCUUCAACGGGAUUCGAAAACAUGGCCUCAGAGUGUGGUAGCGCUGCAAUGAUCCACUAACUUAGCUUUGAACACCCAUACGUGGGAAGCGGGGCAACAUAUUGUGUUGGCUUUUUAAUACCUGAAAAUUGAAUUAAAAACGUUAUGUAUUUAUUAUUAACAACAAAGUCCCUUUCUAUCGCGUUUCCUUCUUUAGCUUCAAGUGUGUUGGAGAUGACAUUAACACUUCUAGGCGAGGUACUUGAAAUAACUAGUAUAUUUAUUUAUUUGUAUAUUAAGUAUUCUUUGUUUUCACUGUCACGCCAUCAAAAAUAAAAAUGCAAACCACUCAAUACAGAAAGUCCAGAAUCUGGGAAAUGAAAUAAAGAUAAAUACACAAAAAGCCUCGCCAAGAAUCAGGUCUGUGUGAUAACUCAUAUAUGCAAGAUAUUAGGAAAAUUUAUGACGCUUUGUAUGGAGACGCCAUUUUGGUGUCCCUUUGAGGGGCACAAAUAUGGCCGCCGAAAACCGACAAAAACAUCUGUUUUUGAAUUUUCCUACCUUUGCGUGAAUUAAUCGCUUAAGGAACUGAUAAAGAUUAAAGUAAUAUUUAUUCAAAGACAGGGAAUGUUUAGAUAGCAAAAUCUCAAAAAAUCGAUGACAGCUUUCUCGGCCGCCAACAAAAUGCCACGUCACGCAAAAGCCUGGAAAUUCAAGCGUCUUCUAUCGCAAAACGAAGAACCCUUUGCUGUAGUAUCUCAUGAAACUCAGAAGAGUCGACAGUUUCUUAGUUUGAAUUUUGGUGACGUCAUGUGAAAACCCCUAACACAAGUGUAGAGAAUUUUUUAUAUAGAUUUUAGAAAAUAAGAACCCGCAAACAGGUUUUUGUGUAGAGGGGGGAUAACUGGCAAACUUCUUAAAAGGCAGGUUCUUACUCGUGGUUUUUACUUUAUAAGAAAAAUCAUCUCUCCAUAUCAGACAUACCAAACUUAAGAGUGGUUGUCUAAGAAAACCGGGUAAAAUGUUAAAAAUGUCAACGGAAGGGGGUCAACAGAAUAAGCUCAUACUAACAUCAUAGAUAGGUUAGCUGGAGUAAUGGAUUAGAGAUACGAGCAUCACUUUAUUUGACCCCCCUCGGACGCCAUUUCACCUUGUCUAAUCGCUUGCGUAGGAGCCGAUUUUCAGGUCUGUAGGUUUUGCUGUCUGGUUUGUGGGACUUGUAAGGUAUUUAAAAUUCGCGCCAAAGUUGUUCUAAAAAUAAGUGUGGUUAGUGAAGACGCCGUGACACGACUACAUAGAAGCUGCUCGCUCCGGGUUAUGGGCUCCUAGGUGACGCAAAUAAUCGGGAGCUGCAUCCAGUUAUUCACAAGACGAUUCAGAAGACUAUGCGCAAUCGGCCUAUCCUGAAAUGGACCGCUCUGUCGAAGGUAGUUUUAAGGUACUGUUUCCUUUGCAGACGUCUUAAAACGUUACGGUAAUAGGGGUGAAUUCAUUCAAAUAUCAGUGGGGAGUUGGGGUUGGUCAUAAUUUUUUAGUGACUAGGAGGGGUAAGAGCUAGCUUGCCUUUGUUGGUAGGGGAGGUUACAUAUUAUUACCCUAGCCCCUCCUGUCCCUUACCUUACGUACCGGUAAUCUUUUCUUGUAGAAACGCUCUAUGAAAAGAGAUUAACUGAAAGGAACGUGGUUACAGUUCAUUCCUAUCUCACUGUGUUUUAUGAUAAAAGUCUUUACUUGUAAAAUGAGUAAGUGUGUUCUAAUUGAAGGGAAACACAGACACCCCAUUUAAAGAAGAAAACGAAAUAGCGAACACUCAGGGAUAGUAGAUGACAACAGCAAAAUAAAUCAGUAGUUGUGUUUUACGACUCGGUACAGCACAACGUCACAAGAGGACUGUCAGAAAAAAAGGAAGUUUAUAAGUCGCCAGUAUCAGUAUGCUAUUCAAGUAAAUUUGCGUUACCCUAUCUUUUGUGAUGACCAGACUUUAUUUGUAGUCGCUCUUGCAAAGCAAGGGAAAAAAUUACAAGGAAAGGUUAAGAUCUUGGUCAGCUAUGCAUGCGUUUCGGGUAGUUAUCGCAGUUAUCGAAGGGCCUGUUGGUCUUACUCACAGAAGUCGUAAUGUUUCUUCAUUCGAGGCCCUGGUUAAAACGUGAGGCUGCUCUUAUCAGGUUUUCAUUUUUCUCAAAACGUUUACACUGUGUUAAAGUACUCCUUCCGACGGCUUUAAACCCCGAACUACUAAUCUAGACACUGGAGCUCAGUAGUAUAGUAGGGACCGCUUACUCCUUUUUUUGCGGGGAAAUGUCAUUAACUUGUGGGGGAAUAAAUUAACACCGAGGACGUCAUAUCCUUUUGUCUUUAUCUCAUUAAUAAAAUGCACAAGAAUCUCAUUAAGAUAAGGUCAUGUGCUUUUUUUAGUUGGUUUAAGUAUUUUUAGUUACUUUAAAUGGUGAUCGACCGAAUAUAUGGGUUAAAAGUGGAAUAAUACCACUACCAAAGAAAGGUGACUUGGGUGACACAGGAAACUAUCGUGGUAUAUCCCUAACUGCAACAGCCGCGAAAAUCUAUAACAAGAUUCUAUUAGAUCGAAUAAGAUCUCAUCUGAAUCCUCUGCUCAGAGUGAACCAAAAUGGAUUUCGUACGGGUAGGUCAACACCACCGCCAAUUUUAACUCUGCGUAGGCUCACCGAGGGAAUAAAAGAAAAACAGCUACCUGCAAUAUUGACUUUCGUAGACUUCAGUAAAGCCUUUGAUUCGAUACAUCGUGGGAAAUUGAUGGAGAUCUUGAAGGCAUAUGGAAUUCCAACAAAGAUAGUGGAUGCCAUCAGUAUACUCUACAAAGACACCGAAGCACAGGUGAUAACUCCUGAUUGUGAUACGGAAAUCUUUGAGAUUCUUGCGAGAAUUCUGCAAGGAUACACACUCGCACCUUUCCUAUUUAUCAUAGCCCUGGAUCAUGCCCUUAGAGAAGCUACUAGAGAAGAACACACUGGGUUCACGCUUACACCACGGCAGAGCUCCCGUCACGUAGCAACAUACAUCACCGACACUGAUUUCGCGGAUUAUCUUGCCCUAAUUUCUGACUAUCUUGAAGAGGCACAACUUCUCUUAUUAAGACUGGAGGUUGCUGCGAAAACAGUGGGUCUGCAUGUUAACUACAAGAAAACGGAAUACAUGCUGUACAAUCAACCUGUAGGAGAUCUUGUCACACUGGGAGGGAACAAAUUGAAGAAAGUAGAUAACUUCAAAUACCUUAGUUCGUGGAUACAAUCCAGUGAAAAGGACAUGAAUAUAAGAAUUGAACAAGCUUGGAGUGCACUCAACAAAAUGAUGAAAAUGUGGAAAUCAAACCUAAAAAAACAUUUCAAAGUAGGUUUCUUUCGGGCCACAGUUGAAAGUGUACUGCUUUAUGGUGCUGAAUGCGGGACGAUGACUGGAAAGAUGAGGAAUAGACUAGAUGGUACGUACGCAAGAAUGCUCAGAGCAGUUCUUGGAGUUUUCUGGAUGGAGCAUAAAACCAACAAAGAACUGUACGGCAACCUUCCUAAGAUUACAGAUACACUGAUGAUCAGGAAGCUGCGGUUUAUAGGACACUGUUGGAGAAAAAAGGAUGAGGUGAUAAGUGAACUACUACUCUGGGAACCAAAGCACGGCGCAAGAAAGAGAGGCAGACCAGCAACAACAUAUGUAGACCAUCUGCGAAAUGAUACUGGUUUGAGCAUUGCUAAACUGAAGAGCAUCAUGGGAAACCGGAAGGAAUGGAUGAAGCUAGUUAAUAGAGUUCGAGUUCGCUCGAAAUAAGCAAGCAAGCAAGUACAUUUAAGGUCGAUAAUUUCGAUUGGUUGAUUAGAGAAUAAGAAACCGCUGUAUAGAGGGUCUGCGAAUUAGUGCACAAUAGCUUUUGUGCACUAAUAGCCCACGUUCGAUAUAUCACAAUUGUAACGUGACUCCGGGGUUUUAGAGUCAAAAUUGCAAAUUUUUCACGACUUCAUUGUCUAGCAAUUUCCAGAAGAGACUUGAGCGCAAAGAAAACCAAACCAAACAUAGAAAAAUGGCCAGAAAGCCUCGGAGUCAUCUCAGAAUUUUAAUAUAUCGAACGUGGGCUAUUCGCAGGCUAGACCAACUAUACCAGUGGUCCAGGAGAUGUGUGCGGCGGCUGCAACGCAGGCUGUGAGUGGUUUCCGUUUGCCAAACCAAACACUCAUGAUUAGUGGAAUCAUCAAGAGAAAAUGGAGCGACAUUGUUCUAUUGAAACAGCGUUUUCAAUCGCAUCGAAUCGAUAGACCUAUUCGGCUAACUCAAUGUUGUACCCAAUUCAAACCCUUUGGGAAUAAAACGUUUUGUUUCAGGAAUUUCCAUAUCAUUUAAAUGUGAAUGCCACAUUAUAAUGCAAAUUCAGCACACAAAGAAUCUUAUCCCCGGGAGAUUUGAAUUGGGUACAACAUUGAGUUAGCCGAAUAGGUCUAUUCAUUUGCGUUUCGGCCGAAAUUUUGAUUGCUGUUUAGCAAAGUAGGACUGGAAACGAAAAUUUUUGGAAGUGGAACGGGAAGUUUCGGUCGAACCAGACCAACCGUCCAAGAGGACCACUUCUGGAGGUGCACCAUUUUGACCGGAAAAUUCCACGCAGACCAAAGCGUCCCAUUUAUUUUUCGACCAAAAUUUCCGAACAUUUUGGUAUAAUGGAAAGCACCCUAUGUUAUUCCUGAUGGCUGAAAGAGGUAGCCUUUCGGGCGGAGCCUUCAUGCAUACUGUAGGCUACUAUAAGGAAUGCGCCUACCGUUUCAUCUAAGGUAGAAGAAAAAGGGUCACCAGCAACAUCGUUUAUUACUGAGCUCGGUGCUUGAAACGAGUGGAGACGAGUGGAUGAUCAGACGUGGAUGGUGAUCGGAGAAUGACGCAACAAUAGACGGGUAUAAUAAAAACGUCAAUACCUCUAAUCCUAAAAUUAAAUUAAAGACCAAAGGGUUGAAUGAAGCAAAUGCUAUGACUUUUGCGGGAUAACUCAAAAUGAAGUGAAUGAGCGAAUGAAUUAAUUAACAAUUAAUGAAUGAGGCUGAGUAUCUUAUGAAGAAUUAUGGAGAUCGAGGAGGGUGUUAUCCAUUGAGGCCGUAGGCUGAGGCGGAAAACACCCUCCGAGACCUCCAUAUUUGUUCAUAUGAUACGAAAGCCGAAUUCAAUAAUUGUUUUAUCAUUCAUUCAAAAUAAUUCCUAGUUUAAAAACAUAGCUAAAACAUGCUUACCUCCAUCGAUGUUAAUUUUAUUUUCGAUAGUGUACGUUUAGGGUUGUUCAGCUACGCAAGUAUUCUCCAAAUAACAAAUGUCGCCCUUCGAGUUGUCUUCUUGCUCUUCAUGCCAUGUUUUUAGCUAUUAUUUCGCCUAGUUCUUACUCUCGAAACGCGUGAAAUGUCCGCCAUUUUUGUUUUCACAGCCAAAACAACUCAACGUCGUCCCCAGGUAUUCUCGGUUAACGGUGCAUUAACCUGCAAGAAAGCUGCACUUUUGACGUCAUCGGUUAAUUAAACGCAAAAUUCUUCCAAAUUUGGUCAUCAGUAGCUGGUUAUGGUGAAUUAUGCGUGUGCGUUUAGCCAAUCAGAACCGGGGAAAUAUUUUGAAUGAAUGAUAAGGCAAGUUAAUCACGUCACCAUCCCCCUUUAAUUUAACUAACAAGAGUAAUUAAGAGAAAUCAAAGAGUGGAGCACGUGGAUAAUAACUGUUUGUCUCUUUGUUUGUAUGUAGCUCAUGAUCUGUAUUUGCAUAGUUUGUCUCGCCUCCAAAUGAGACCAUCUAGUUUCCGUUUAGAGACAAGGCAAGUACUUUUAACUGUCCCUCCAGAGUACUGAAUUUCUAAGAUGGCGUCCAUUUUUUUAUAUUCUAGUUGUAUCCAAUGGUUCAGCACUUUUUGCCGCUUUAAAAAGCAACAAUAAUAGUAUUUCGAGUUUUUUGGAAUUAACCUGUUGGCCAUAGCGAAAUAGAGAAGAAAAUUCAUUAGGAGGUGAAUUGGUUCCUGGUAAGCCAUAAGUGAAUGUUAUCAACACUCAAGGGAUAACUCAAAAUGAAGAGCGGAUGAAGUAAUUUGAGUUAAUCACCCAUAACCCGAAGCGAGCAGCUUCUAUGAAGUCGUGUCACGGCGUCUUUACUAACCACACUAUUUUUAGAACAACUUUGUCGCGACUUUUAAAUACCUUUAGUUAUAAGUCCCACAAACCAGACCGCGAAACCUACAGACCUGAAAAUGAGCUCCUGCAUAAAGCUAUGAAACAAGGUGAAUUGAUUCCCAGUAAGCCAUAAGGUGAAUGUUAUCCACAUUCACGGGAUAACUCCAAAGGAAGCGUGGAUGAAGCAAUUCGAGUUGAUCACCCAUAACCUACGAUCAGGAGAUCUUAAUUUUCAUUUUCGCCUCCCAAAGAGAAAGAUAAGAAGGACUGCCUGAUCGCAGGUUAAUAGCCCAUUCUCCACCCCAUUCACUCCGCAAAAAAAAUGACAACCCAGAAGUGAACAAACAAAAUUUAAUAAACAGAAGUAAUAUUGGAGCAAGUAGCUGAUAAUGUUUGUGGAAGUACUAUCUUGUUUAUAAUUUACUAUUGAAAGUUGAAAUUGCGUUUGCUUUUUAUGCACCGCUAAAUGAAGCCCUCCAAUUUCUUGUACACGAAGGGAUCGGCCUAUUUUCAAGAAAAAGGUUGGCAACUAUGAUAAAUGUGAGUUUUCUAAUUUCUCCCUGUUCCAACAAGCCAAAAUGAUUAUUAGUGUUUUGGUAACAUGGAUGACAGUAACUGCAAUUUGGCUGUCAGAUUUUUAUCAUCCUUUUAGUUGUGCGCUACAGAUCAAUUAAAAAACGACCGAUUUUUGGUUCGCUUGCAGACACCGAGUCUAGGUCAGGAAAUAUAAGAAAGUUUUAGUCUUGCCCGUAGCUACCUAACAACGUUUAUGGUUUUCGAAGAUAGUCUUGUGUCUUGUUGUAUCGCACACAAAAGAUGAACUUCGUUCGUUUAAUUUUGAGGAGUUUGUGAGCUUCAGAAAAUGGUCAAAAUUUGCUUACAAAAAUGGGGACCGAGGGGGUCAAAUAAAGUGAUGAUCGUAUCUCUAAUACGAGAGCAGUGAAGAAUCUAUGUUUAUUAUAUUUGUCCAUUACUCCACCUAACCUAUCUAUGAUGUUAGUAUGAGCUUAUUCUGUUGACCCCCUUCCGUUGACAUUUUUAACAUUUUGCCCGGUUUUCUCAGACAACCACUCUUAACAAGUGCUUUAUGACUUUUUUGUCCUGAUCAAAUAUUGCUCUUACAGUCAAACCAGGUCAAGCGUUCCCGUGGCUAGCAAACUAAUGAAUUCAUUAAUGGAAAAUGAUUUCGUUUGUUGAUUCCAUAAUCCAUUCAUAAAAUGAAUAAUCCAACAGACAAAUUGGACCUCGAUUCAAUAAUUAAAUGUUGAUUUGGUUUAUGAACAAAAUCUACCUGUUCUUUAUUCUUGUCUGUUGAGUUCAAUCGUAUUUGCUUCCCUUUUCCUGCCGUUUACGAUUGCGUUUUUAAUUGCCUUUAAUCAAAAUAACAGCUAGAAGAGACAGACCGCAAACGCAAAGAAACUGACAAAGGCCGGGGAUCGAAAUCCACCAAUCACCACACAUACACUGACCUCAGUUUGACUAUCGUGUUUUCUAAAAGGUCAGGUCCGUUGCACUGAUUACUGGAGCAAAAUGGCGUACACGUAACAGUUUGUUUGGGUUUGAACUUCACAAUUCGCCCGCACUCGACUCUUACAAAAAAAGAAGAAAAAAACGCGUAGUUUUUUCAAAAAAUAGUAAUCGAAACAACAUUCGAUUAUGGAAUCGAGGCUAAAUAUGAAUAUUGGAUUGUUUAUUUUAUGAAUGGAUUAUUGAAUCAACAAACGAAAUAAUUUUUCUGUUAAUGAAUUUAUUGGUUCGUUAGAGACGGGAACGCUUCACCUGGUUUGACUGUAAUCGUUCAAAAAAGAAAGUCUUUAGUUUGCCUUUGAAGGUGAUUAGAAAAGUGCUACACUAUUAAGUAAAGUAUUCAAGAUAGUAACAAUACGUAUAUAAAAUAUGAAUCCCUAAAACAAGUCGCUUUUGAAUUGUAGUUGCUCCUUUAAUAUAAAAAUGCUUGGCUUCAUAUACCGGCAGAAACUGUACUUAAAGAACAUUUCUAGCAAUACCCUUAACGCGCUUUACAUGCAUAGUUCAUGUCAGAUCACAUUUAGACUAUUGUCACUCUACUAUCAGCAUUUAUUAAUCGUUGGACCAAUACAACAUAAAGCAAAAAAGGUUAUUUCCAAAUAUUUGUUAUAAUUAGCGUCUUAUUUAGUUAAAUCUCCUUCCACUUGAUUACUACUUACUACUUCAUGAGAUUUGAUUUGUUUCUUUAAAUGUAAAGUAGCCUUAUGUUUAUUAAAUUUAACAGAUUAUGUUACCUUUCUUCCAUUUCAUCCGCUUUAGGAUAAAUGGAACCAGAGAUCGUUUCAAAUAGCAAUUGCAGAUGCUUGCUCUAACUUCUUUUGCAAAAGCAGAAUUUGCACAAGGUAUGAUAUAAGUCUGUUAAAGGGUUCUGACUUUCAAUAGCCCAUAAAAAUUUUGAUUUACCAAAAAUUUAGCGCGACAGACAGCAGUCUGAAUGGCCACAAACAUGCAAGUGUAGACACGGACCUGACUUUAUAGUAUUGAGCAAAAUAAAAUAUAUACAUACAUAUAUCUGGAUUUGGAGUAGGAAAUUAUCAGUGUAGGGUGAGAAACGUGGACGUAAUAUCUUUUGUCGUAAGGGUACUUGUACUUGUAAGUGUUCAUAAGAAACUUAAAGAAUAGAUUAAAAAACUGGUGACUGUAAGCAGGGUGCUUGAUUUCGAAGUCUCAGGAGACGGUCCCCAUUUGUUAUGACUCGUUUAAGCAACGGCGACGACAACAGAGGCGAAAACGUCUCUUAAAAAGUGAAUCCGCGCUCUUUCAAAAUUUAUCGCUCUUAUUCCAUGUCGUUCAGUUUGUCAAGUGUUAGUUAAUUUUUUCUAGAGUUGAAAUUUAAAGAAUGGUAUUAGUUAAUCCUUGUCUUGUGUUCACGUUCUCCACAAAGUAGAAAAUUUGGAAGUGUCACGUCGUGGUCAUGUUUCGACGGCAAAGAAAUUUUUAAAAACAGUGAUGCACGUGAAAAGUUGUUGACGUUGACCGCUUGACGUUCUCGUUGCCGUCGUCGUCGUCGUCGCUCAAGCUCGCUUAUGGCAUUCUGUUAUCGAUAAUUGUUAGGAAGCACGAAGCCAAGACAGAAAAGGACUUCGGAUAACAUAUCCGUGUAUCUUUGCCAAAAGGCGUUCAUGUGGCAUCGAGUCAAGAGCUUUCUGAAAGGCCUUUGAUAGAUGCCAUUAGCUAUCCAAGACCGAUGCAAUUUUUAUUUUGGCGACCGUUUUUGUGUGAAGGAGCGAUAUCAGGCAGUGUUCAAUUGUGUAGAGUAAGCAUUCUCAAUGUAGGGGAACCUUUCUACUAGUUUAAGACUUCACUGAGUGAUCGGGCUAAAGUUCUAUCUAAUUUAGCGAUCACAGGUUACCCCGGGAAAUGGGUACGGGCGCGGAAAGUCCAUAGUGAUGACGAAAAACAACCAAUAUCUGGUUGAUACGUUAAGUAUGGAAUUUCUGUGCUCAUUCGACGUAGUGAUGUUGGUAACGUAGCGAAAUGUGGGCUAUUCUCCCAGGGUAUUUCUGAUUUCCUUAAAAUUCCCGUGGAUAAUUCUUCAUAACCAGCGAACUUUGAUCACAUUUGGAAGAUGUCUACUAAUAUCAAUACAAUUGACGUCAAUUUUACUGAUAUGUACAGAAAGAGGGACAACCCGGGGUUGGAUAAAAUGCGGGCGGAUGAUCUCACAAGCUAAACAAAAACAAAUUAACUGAACAACUUCUUACCUCAAAACAGAGUAAGAAUCAUAGACACAAAGGUAAAAAUAACACUUCAAGAAUUACAACUCUGAUAUGAAGAAUAUAACUUAAAAAUACAUCCUUUAUAUCCUUAAACGGCAAAAAACAAAACAAAUCAAAACAAAACAGCCAGUAGCAACAGAUAAAAUAUGAAAAAGACUAUUUACUUUAAAGCAAGAGAGGAUAAAGGGGACAGAGAAGGCAUCCCCCAUACACACCCUAUUCCAUAGGUAAUUCGUCUCGAGUUAUUUUUAACACCACAGAUCUCAAGAGGGAUUAGACAACAGCCAAUCACAUAGCGCGAAUGUGUUCCGCGUGGAUGAUCCAUGCUCAGAGCCACGGGUCCUUCACGAAUUGACGCAGAACAAAAUGGCGGAAGACGCGGAGAGCGAUAUUGCUAUUCCUUUUGUCGACGAAAACGACUACAGAGAGAUUUCUGCUAAAGCUGUGUCAGCGAAACGGAAAUUAAAAAAAGAAUCGCCCUUCCUCUCUUGUAUAGAGCUAACACUACAGCAGGGAAAUCCUUAACACACUGAAUAUUCUAUCAGGAACAUUUAUAAUUUACAGUUUGAAGAGAGCAAUUUCUGGUUUGAUAUUUAUUCUUUUAUUAGUCUCUUAUUAUUUAACAAAAAUAACAUUUGGCGUCCUACUUGCCUUAUUGUACAAACGACCGGUUUCAAUAGACCGGCGAAAUUUCUCAUUUUAUUAAAGCACUGAGGUUACGCCAACUUCGAGUUAAACUGAUUUCACGGGCUGUAAAAGAGUCCAGCGAUUCCUUUUCCCAGGUGAGCGCCGACUCAUUUCGCUUCAAUAUUCAGGAAUGCUCUCGAUCUCUUUACGCUUUCAUUGCCUUUCCCCCGACAUGUUUUGCAUGGCGUUUAGUCAUGCAAAACCUCCACGAAACAUCCACGCAGCGCGCGAGGUAACUUUAUCCCGAUUCUAAAAAUAACUCGAGACGAAUUACCUAUGGAAUAGGGUGUGUAUGGGGGAUGCCUUCUCUGUUCCCUUUAUCCUCUCUUGCUUUAAAGUAAUUGAAUGUGAAAAUUACACUGAAAAUAGCCCAGGUAGUGUUAAAGACCAUAGCCUAAGCGUCAUAGCCUAGUGUCAUGGCCUUAAAUGUGCGAAAGAUAUCAAAAUAUAUACUAUUUCUUUAACAAGACAAAUUUUCACCGGUGAUUUGGCAAAUUACUGAUUUAACUUAACGCCUGAUUGUUUCUUGCAGCCCGACAGGGAGAACUAAGCGGUCAGAAAAAGGAGCAUACUUCCAGUUCUCAGACGUAAUUAUCGUUGGGACAUCUUUUGCCGAAGUCAAUAGUUUAAAUGUCGAAUUUGCCGUUUUAUUCCCUUCUUAUGAUGAAAAUGCACCGAAAGUCACGCCAGCCAAAGACAUUAUUCAGAUGGUCGAAGAAUAUAAACAAAGCAUUGAAAGCGUUGUUGGCGGGACAAUCCAAUCUGUCGAGCACAAAGAGGAAGUUGAGGACAGACCCACAGGUACCGAACUGCACUAACGAGAACUAACGGUUUCUUAAAGGAAAAGCUUUGGAAAAUAAGUUAAUGUGUAAUUCUUACCGAGGUAAUUAUUGUUGCAGUCUCCAUUGUCAACAGAGCGGUUUGGAGUCUUAAUCUUUUAUUAUGUAUUUUUUCUGUGAUUAAAUGGAAAUUUUCACAGAACAUUUAACAAAAUUCUCUAUUAAUAUAAUUGCAUCUUUUGAAUUUCAUGUAAAGGCUCCUGUAAAAAGCUGAAUGUUUGGACCAAGUCUUUUAAUAUUUUGCAACCUAAUGAAUUUUAAUGUGUCAUUUAACUCUCUCUCCCUCUCUCUCGUGCUUGUUAAAGCUUUUGCUUCUUCGGUUGUAGAAAAGCCAAGUCAGCCUGAAGACGGAGCAAGAUCCACUGACGAAAAAGGUCCAUCUGUAGGACCCAUCGCUGCUGGAGUUAGCGUCACCUUUGUUGUCAUGGCAAUGUUGAUGGGAUUUGUAGUUUACAAAAUGAGAAGGUAACAUAUUUUGAUCUAACAUUAGGUAGACGAAAUAAACAGUGGACUGAAAGCCUAUUUCUUGUCUUCAAAACCAAGAAGGAAGGUGGAACAGAAUUUCAUCAAAGUAGUGUUAAUUCCCUACAUUGCAGACACUAAAAAAACUAUUUUGAUGAUGACGAUUGUAAACAACAAAGAUGAUUAUUUUAUGAUAACAGGAGAAGGGACCAAAAUGCUGUCAGCAACAAAUAGGUUGUCAUAAACACAAUUUAGAUCGCCAGUCAGUGUAUCCGUGUUUAAUGUCAGGCAUCAGACAUACCCUUAUUCUAGCCGUCUUUCCACAUUAUCCGAGUUUUUAGUGAAAAUAUAUUUUAAGACGAUAGAGUUACCCUCGACCUGUGUUGCAUUUUGAAGAUAUUCCAAUGAUUGUCGUCGAAUAAAGCACAAAUAUUGAGGCAACUACACGUAUGCUACUGUUUCCUAUAGGAAAAAUAUGAGAAAGCCUAAAGUUACAAAAAUGGAAAGUGAGUUCGAAAACCCAGCAUAUCAAGAAGAACCAAUAUACGAUAUAAUCCCAGAAAAUACGGCUAACUAUGCUCCAGAGACGUUAACUCAAGAAGCCGAGCCUAGUCGUCAAGUUAUACGCAAUGAAAGUUCAAGAGAACAUUACGCCGCUCUUCGAGGAGGUCAAGACCCUCGCUAUGAAAGUAUGUUUCUUGUUGGUCAAGGUCAGCAACGAUUAAAGCAGAACAAAAACUUGGCGAAAAGUGAAAAAAAUUACAUGAUGCUUGAGGUGAUGAAUGCUCAAGGAAAGAUAAACUAUGAUGCUACAGCUUCCAAUGAGAUAAGGUACAUGAAACCCGUGGUUGGGCAUUACGCGACUUCUCGACUUAAUUUUGAGAAAAAUGAUGAGAAGACUGUGGAUUGGCAUUACGAGAAUGCUCAAUAUAGCUAUGGAAAUUAUCAGGACAAGAUCGCCCGUGAUAUGUCCGGUGCAGAUGUUGGUGAUGAGGAUUAUUUGAAACCCAUGGACUGGCAUGAUGCUAUUCCACGACUUAACGGCGCAACAGAGAGAGCACAUAAUGAAACCCCUUUCUCAGAGGAGUCACAGGUCUGA